GCGAAUCUACUUGAGGUUUGUGGUCUACGGGCAAGCGGCGGAAGUCAAACCGUCUGUGGCCGUUGUACUGUCAGAACCUGUACCGGAGUGAAGUGACUACACCGGACGUUUGACUUUCUCCUUCACUUUCUUCUCAAGGCGCGCGCUCACGAUGUCGUCCGCGGAGGCGCGCACGCUCGAAAUGGCCAAAGACGUCAUCCAGUCCGUGCACGUUCACAGCUCCGUGGCGGACCAGAUCCACUUCUACGACCGAUGGGCCCAAACCUACGAGCAGGAUGUGGAACUUAUUGAGUACCGCGCGCCCGCUCUGGCAGCGGACCGAGUCUCCGCCCACUUCAGCGGCGAGCGCCGAGCGUCGGCGCCGGUGUUGGACGUGGCCUGUGGCACGGGCCUGGUGGCCAAGACGAUGGAGCGGGAGGGAUUCCGGCACUUCGUGGGCGUGGACUGCAGCGAGGGGAUGCUGCGGAGCGCCCGACGCAGCGGGCUGUACCGGGAGCUCAAGACGGCCGUGCUCGGAGACCAGCCGCUUCCCGUGCCGUCAGGUGAAUUUAAAGUAGUGAUGACUGUUGGGGCCCUGAGCGCAAGUCACAUUCCAGCGAAGGCCAUCCGGGAGCUGUGCCGGGCAGCCGAGCAGGGAGGCCUCGUCUGCAUGACCGCCAGGAGUAACCGUGACAACCUCGACUACAAGGCGGCCUUGGAGGGCGAGAUGAAGCAAAUGGAGGACGAGGGACUGUGGCGCCGCGUCGACGUGACCCACGUGACCGAGUGGGAGCGAGGGGUGACCGACCACGAGAGGGGAUACAUCCCCGGAUGCGUGUAUCUCUUUCAGAAGCUCUAAAGCACGACAGCGCACGACACUACGGUGGAGGUGGACGUACGGGGACAGGCUGCAGCUAAAACUGGAGAGCACUACGCAGUACCGUGCUACUUGUCUGCAUGUGUGUGUCUGUUUAAGUCGUCGUGACUAAAGGUCAUUUCUACGAAUUGGA